AUGGACAGGGUUAAAUUUGCCGUAGUGCGGGUACCAGAGGCGAAGGUCAUCGAAUUCUUCGCCACCAUUGCAUCGAAAGGCUUCACCGACGUUGCCUUUGUCAAUAGCCUACAACAAGCCGCAUUCACCAGCCUUGCAGAUGAGCCGCCGGUUGGCUCGCCAAGCAGUCAUAAUUCAAGUGCGGAUAAUGGGAUGCCAAUGUUAAAUUUUUUACAGACGCCACCCUCACCUCCCCCUGCGGCCACAGUAUCAACAAACCAAACGAUGCCCCUCAAUCUAUCGGAUUUAUUCCCAGCGGUGUUAGCCCAAGCGAAUGCCCUUCGAGACGCUUCCCCACUUGGCGAGUUGUCAUUAAUCCCCGGUAGUGACGGCGAUGAUAAUACAGGACGGCCUUACCAUCAGCGAAUGAAGGGGUGGCAACGGACAUAUUUGAGUGAGAUGCUGAAAGAUGGGUAUCCGACGGAUGAGAAGUUGAAUGAGGCUAUGCAUAAGUGUGAUUUGUCGAGACGGCAGAUCCUCCGAUUUAUCAGCAAACGUGUCAACAACCCCCAACAAAGGCUUGAGAGC